AUGCCACCUACCCCUCCGGUGCCUCCCGUUCAACCUCUUGUAGCACCUCAGGAGUCCCCUAUCGAGAGGCUUCAUAGGUACAGGAUAACUGACUUCCAUGGAUCUAGGAACAACAAUAUCAUCUCUGCGGACCAGUGGAUCAGGGAGACACUCCGUACGUUACAUCAGUUAUACCUCACUCCUGAGGGCAAGCUUGAAUACGUCACUACCCUUUUGAAGGGUGAUGCGAUAGAUUGGUGGGAGGCCAUUGAGAUGAUGAUGAAGCCAGAGAAACCCACUUGGGAGCUCUUCUCGAAGGAUUUCAGGGAGAAGUACAAUAGGGAGCCACAUACCGAUGAUCUGAGGGAUAUGUUUUUGCAUCUGACGCAGGGUAACAGGAUUGCUAAAGCAAUCGAGAGAAUUAUGCUCAAGAAAGCACAGAUGGUGGGCACCUCAACAGUGAAGUGGGCCAAGGUUCCACAGAGUUCAAGGAGACUGCCAGCAGGGCCGUCUAAAGAAGUAGCUCAGAGAUCCAAUCGUGGAGGCAGGCCUGACUCAUGUAGGAGGCAUUUUUCAUCAAUUGGUGGUUUGAGAGCUAAUCUAGGUUCCACCCACUCCUAUAUAUUCAAUGGCCUUAUUUUAGAAAGGAAUAUUAUAGUUAAGAAUUUAGAAAUAGGGUUUAGAGUGUCUAGUCCCCUAGGAUUAGACGUAUUGGUUAACAAGUUUCACCGUCGUUGCCCCGUAAAACUUCAAGGUGAUACUUUCUUAGCUGACUUGAUGGAGCUACCAUUUCAGGAGUUUGAUGUGAUCUUGGAUGUGGAUUGGCUUACUAAGCACAACGCAAAUUUGAGGUGCAAAGACAGACAACUCAAGCUUCAUAAGGAUGAUGAGACGAAGGUAGUGAUGACUAGUGGGAGCUCGGGUUACACUACCAAGUUACUGAGGUCACCUCUUGACCGCGAGGUCAAGUUCAGCAUAGAGCUUAUGCCAGGUUCAGCUCUAGUGUCUAUUGCACCAUAUCGCAUGGAACUGACAGAGUUGAAUGAGCUAACGAAUCAUAUUCAAGAGUUGUUAGAUAGGGAUUUUAGGUCAAGGUAUUACCAUCUGAAAGUCAAGGAUGUCAACAUUGCCAAGAUCGCUUUCAGGACAAGGUAUGACCAUUAUGAGUUUCUCGUGAUGCCGUUUGGACUCACCAAUGCCCUGUUUCUUAGGCCUUAUAGGGUAUUACUGUUGUUUCGCCAAGGGUUUCUCCAUGAUUGCGGCACUGUUGAUCAAGCUGCUUCAGAAAGGAGUUCCAUUUGUAAAACAAACGUUGUGGAAGAUGCUUUGAGCAGAAAGACCAUAGUGGAGUUGCGAGCAUUGCUAGCGCAUCUGAGUUUGAAGGAAUCAGGUUGUCUUUUGGCCGAGUUGAGAGUUGAGCCCGACUUAGUGGAUGAGGUUAAGAGUUUACAAUGUUUGAACAACCGAUUGAAGGCUUGA